GGCUUUCUUCAGUGCACGCGAUCUCAGCAAAUCAUAUCGAGUAACACAUAGGCGGGUUUGUCUAGUGUCAGUGUCCUUGUUGCUUCCUGGUUUGCCCUUUUCUCCCAUGUCUGACAGAGGUUCCUUCUGAUCAUGUCCAGAAACACCAGGAUAGUUCUUAUUUUCGGUGGUUUUAUCACUGCAGUGGCUGCUGCUUUCUACCCGAUAUUCUUCCACCCGCUCAUGCACAUAGAUGACUACAAGAAAGAACAAGCAACAAACAGAACUGACGUCAUCCAGGAAGAUGUACAGCCCCCCGGACUGAAAGUCUGGUCUGAUCCUUUCUCCAGGAAAUAAGAUGGAAAGUGGAGCUGUGCAGUUACCUCACAAAAUGUGUAUAUUAUGAAAAAUAUGCCUGUCUAGUCUUUUGUACAAAGUUUAAAUAAAGCAAACAUUUUCAUUUC